GGACACAUUCAGCCAAAUGCCAAACGCUUUUUCCCCCGUCGUCAAUCGACAAUCAGUGAUGCGGUCGGUUGCUGAGCAGUCGUUUCUUCGGUGUUGAAAGUCAUACUUUCGUAUCGAAUUUUCAUACGUUUUUUUACCGAACUGGUGCGUGUCUCCAACGGGAUCUACUCUCGUUCGCCUCGCAACACCGCCAACACAAUAAUUUUUGUUAUUUACCGGUUGUAAAACGCGCGCAAACUAUGGCCGAUGAAGAUGCACCUCUGCCGCCACACGCCAACGGCAAUGGACAAGAAGAGAACGGGCACGUGCCGGAAAUCGAGCUCAUUAUCAAGGUAUGUUAAAUAAACACCAUAGACGAAAUUACGACGUAAUCGGUUGUUAACAAGAGUCGGUUAACCGAAUAUGAAUAAAGACGACACAAAACACAGGUAUAAACUCCACAUUUAUGCUCAACGGAUAGACAAAAUCUCCUCGUUCAAUUUGAGCGGGUGGGCAAAUCAUCACGAAAAUAGUAGGUAGAUGCAUAGCGAUAUCAAGUCUGUGAUAAAUUGCCAAAAUAAAAAUAGAAAUUCUGAACAUAUGCGCUGUACUUACCUAGUUAUACAUUGCAAAUAUUAUAUAGGUUUAUAGAUAAGCAUUUAUACAGAAUCGCUAUAAACCUUUACACAUAGGUAAGCUUUGUCAAGCUAAAUUUAAUUUAUAAUUUAUUGAAAUUUCAGAACUUUAGCAUAAAAUAAUAAAUAAAUAAUAAUAAAUAAGGAGAUUUUUUCCUUGUUUUGAGAAAUAGAUAGGUACACUAGUCUUUUGUCAAUUGCUAGUUUCCUUAAAUCUUUUCUGAUUCAAUUAAUUACCUAUUACGUUGUGUCUUAAACAUUAAGAAACGAAAUAGAAAAAAAUUAAAAACUAUAAGUUAAUUCUUUCGUAAUUUUUUAAAUCAAUAAUAAUAACUAGAAUAUUUAUGAUAUGAGUAGUAGUUUUUCAGAAAUACGUUUAUUAUUUAUUAUUUUUUUAAUAAUACGUAGAUUUAACGGUUGUAGGCUACUACUGAACUGUAAUUUUAAAAAUAAACAAUUAUUAAGAGUUAUCUAUAAGACAAGAAUGAUUUUUAGACAAAUGUUGUUGACCAUAAAUGCUGGAGAAGCAGAACUUGCAGCUUAUUAACAUGUUUACGAUCUUUUAUAUUCUUAUACCAACUUUUAUAAAUUAUACGUUAACAAUUGAUACAAGUAUAUAAUUGCUAAUAAAUUAUACACCUACUUAAGUUCAUAUUACUUACCUAUUUAAUACUUUAAAAAAAAAAUAUAAAAUAUAAAAUACCUACACUAUUAAAAUCAUACCUUUACCUUUAGUUUUAUUAAAUUAGCUAUAUUUAGUUGUAUUAUUUUAUAUUUAAACCGAAUAGAAAAGGUCCCCUUUAAGUUUUUCGCAUUAAUGCCGAAUUUCUAAAUUUACCCCUUUUACGCCACUGUCAAUUGCUACUAUGAUCCGGGAAGUUGACCGGUCUUUCGAAUUUGUUUUGAAAUACCAAACACUAGACAUAACAAGGUUUGUUGACCGUGAAUGAAUUCCAAAACAAUUAUUAUUAUAAUUAUUAAAUAUUCACGUCUUGCAAUAAUUUUAGAAUUUUUUAAAAUAUGUUCUUUUUUCAAUUUUUUUUAGGUAUAAGGUUAUAAUACAUGCUAUCAUUAUGGUACAUUUGAAAAUUUAAAUUAGAUAUUUUUUAAGUAUUACCCAAAGUUAAUACCCAUAUAAUAUUUUGGGAUUACCAAAAAAAAUCUAUGACCUCGUAAACAUUUAAAAUUCUAUACCUAUUGUGUAGGAAGAUGGCGUUUAGUAAAAAUGUAUUUUAUCUGGGAACUUCACAUAUAUUUAAUUGUAAUAGUGUAAAUAAUAAGCGUUAAAAUAAAAUAGUUAUACUUACUAAAAUUUAAAUUAAAGAUUGCUUUAUUUGCUUAAUAUUCAAUAUGUUGGGUACCUAUAUAAUUAAAUCGAUUACCUGUAAUAGGCUAUAGUUUAUUAGUUUAUAUACUUAAUAUAUAAAAGUAAUGGAUUGAACAGUUAUAAAUUCGGUAACGUGACAUAAAGAUAAAUAGCCCUGAUAUCGUUUUGGAUACAAAUUAAACAAAAUGUGUUUAUCGAAUGUGUUUAGUUAAAAAACCAAAAUUAAAAAUCUGAACUACUUUAUUGAAUCUUUGGACGUAUUAUGAUAUCUAACUAAAACAAAUUGUCCCAGAUAAAUUGUAUUAAAUUACCAAUCAUUUGGAUAGCGUAAACAGUCACGCGAAUAUAAAAACGUGUAUUUGGACGUGUAGUUUUCGUCACCUACUUAAAAAACCAAAACGUCUAUCAGUAAUUUGAAUUUAACGUUUUCUGUAGAAUUAAAACAAAAGGAUUAGGUAUGUUAAAAUAGUUUAAACGUUAUAGGAAUUCGAUAAUUAUAUAAAAAAAAUUCCGAUAACAUUAAUUUAAAAUAUCACGUUAUAUUUUCUAUACCGUUUUGGCUCGCAUUUAGGUAAGUCGUACUCAUAUCCACUGUCAGUACUGCCUAUCUGUAUUAUAGAAGUAUUUAUUUCCUCGGUAGAUUUGAUAGCAGCUUUAAUUUGCUAAUCUUUCCACCGGAGUUUAUUAUUAAUUAAAAUGUUUGCAUAAUAUUUCAACUACAGUUAGAUAAAGAAAGCCUCCAAUCUGUAUUAGAUAUCAGCUGUGCCAUUUUUUGUACAUUACAAGCAGCAGCUUGUCAAACAGCAGUCCCGCCCGGCUGUGUCCGUGCAAUAAAAAAAGUUUCUAAAUAAAGUUAAUCGAUAAAUUAUCAUUAUACGCUAUUACUAUAGACAUCCGCACAUCACAGGGAUUGAAAUUAAUGACAAUAUUUUUUUUCUUCAUUCGUGUUACCAAGGUAACCCAUAAAUAAACAAAAACAAUUCGGUUUUUAUACUAAACAUACCUAAUCACCGAAUUUUAGACAAUGAUAUUCAAUUAGGGGGGGGGGUUAAUUUCAAUAGUUUCGCGGUUAGUGUACUCAACAACUUCCCAAAAGUUUAAUAUGUUAUGAUGGCGAUCGGAUUAACGAUGAAGUAGCACAUAAAGGACAAACACGAAGAUGUAUUUAUUGUAUAUUAAUUGUCUUGUCGAUUUCUGAAACUUCCUAGGUUUUGCUAUCCAAUCUAAAAAUAUAUUCCGAAAUUGUUUAUAGCCCCCGCGCUUGUUAAUGAAUACGAUUAGUAAUAUUAUGUAUAAACCAACUAUCAUUUAUACUCCUAAUUACUAAUCAUUAAUAUUGUAAUAAUGUAAUUCUAUUUUGCUAUCUAUUUAUUUAUUUGAUUAUUAUCUUUAUUUUAUUUUAAUUUAAUUAUAUUCAUAUAUAUUUUAUUCUAGUUUAUAAGCUAUGUAUGAAUGUAUUGAACGGCAAACUGUGUCGUGAGGCGACUCACAAAGUGAGCAGUCCGCUAUAUAUUUAUAUUUAUAUUAAUAAAGUUGUUUAUAUAUAUAUAAACUGUAUAUACACUGUUAUUCUGUAAUCCGUCUUUUAAUAAUAUUGUUUGAUCGAUCCCAAUGCACGUCUUGUAUUCAUUUCUCCGCGUGUCCACCUAAAGUUGAAACAAUUUCGAUAACCUAUAUAGAUUUAAAUCGAGACGGCUAUACGAUUUUGCCGCGAUAUUCGAUGCCGGCCGACGAACUUUUUCGAAAUCGCCCAAGCCAUGAAACCGCAACUGAUUUCCUAUUUCCGCCGCUUUCAACGAUUUUAGAUGCCGUACUGCGAAUACAGCCGCGUAAAAUAAUCAGAGUUGCUAGAAGGUUCUCAAAAGUUUCGUCACCAAUAGACAGCGCUGAAAAAUCGCCCAAAAUUGUCAAGUAUUGUGAUAAGUUCACCCAAUAUCGCCAGCACGAUCUUAGAAGAACGCUGUUAUCAUGCAUUUAUAUUGAUAAAACAUCCAAAAAUGUAUUAUCACGAUUCACGAUUGAAUGUGUUCAAUUUUUUUUUUUUUUGGAUAAUUACAAAGAUUUAUAAUCUACGGUUUAGUGCUUUUUAAUGUUGAGAUAAUAUAAAAACAUAAAAAAAAAAACAACGACACUUCGACUAAUUUUAAAUUUUAGUUCGUACAAUUUGUAUUAUUGUAAUAGUUAUUAUUACGAGUUACAACUAUUAAUUAUUAUGAUCCAGUAAAAACACAUAACACGUGGUAACCGGUAACUGCCGCUUGGUUAGAAAAUAACCCCAUAAAUUAUUAAAUUGAAUUUUUUUUACAAUAAAAAUAUAUUUCCAACUUUUAUUAAUGUCACUUUAACCAUUAUACAUUUGUUCACAAUAUUAAUUUUAUCUCCAGAAAAUGUAUUUUAAAGAUAGUCCAAUUGGCGAUCCAAUCCGGUUGGGAUAAUUAUUAUUGUCGCGAAUGGUCGUUGGCCGGUAUUUUAUUCGCUCGGGCAACAGUUAUGGGAUUUUUACAACGAAAACGCUAUGUUCGGUACAUACAGUAUACAGUGACGUAAUAUUGUAACAACAGGACAAAAAAAGCCAUCGGGUGGGAGGGAAAAAAGUCGCCGGCCGUGUAAUAUUAUGGCACACACUCAUAGGUAGUUAUGACCCGUACACGGUGUACAGGAAAAAAAAAAAAAACGUUACGUGCCUACGUAUUUCACACUGCGUUAUAACAGCAGGUACGCAACCGAGGAAAACGCGAACCGGCUACGGGUAGCGACCGAGCGGCGGCGCGCGCGUAUCGGAUGCGGCGCGUUGUCGUUGCCCCGGCGCGGCUGGUCUCGUUGCAUGUGUCUCGCCCCCCGCCCUCCUUGACCCGUCCACCCUGUAUAAUAUUCUACGACGGUACACGCGCAGGCGGUUUCCCCGCCGCCCCCUCACCACUGCCCCUGCCCAUCCGCCCACCGCCGUAGUGUUUUCAGCUGUCGUCUGUCUGUCUUUUUAUACCCGGCGGGCCCGGUCGGCUGUUAAAAUAACGCACGAGUGGUAGCCGCGGCGCCCGUAUACCUCCUAUGCAUACCGUAGUCGAGUAGACACUAUUUGCGUAUUGCAUUACAACCGCGUCGGUUUUCUCGUAAAUAUUUGCGUUUUCGAGUUUAUUUAUAUCGCACGCGGGCAAGGAAUCAACCCUCCUAUACGGGCUAGCCGCUCGAGACCCACCGCCGUCGCGGAGGGCGCCGAUCGUUUCACAUCUCGCUCUGUAGUUAUUGUCCACCGUCGAUUAAACGCUAUACACUUAAUAAUAAUCCCGGGCGCCCGCGGGGAAAUUUAUCGCGGAGGUGCAUGAUAAAAUCAACCGCCGCAAUGUGUACUCGAAAUAAAAUUACAUUCGACAUUUCGAAGUCCGAGGGGGCAGACUUGCCCCCUCCUCCGGGCGUCCGUGCUGACAAUACCUACACGCAUAGUGUAUAGGAUUGUCCGCAUUUUAAUAAUCAUUUUUAUUUUUUUUUAAUAAUUAAUUAACGGUUUAUCGAGAUUAAAAAAUUUAAAAAAACCGGCGACUGGCGCAACAACCUGUUAUGUCAUAUCGUUUUCGUGUUUAUUACUUGCGUAUAAUACGUUCCGAGUAGAUUCAAUGAUAUUAUUCCUUACGCAGUCGGUCGCAUUAUAAUAUUAUUAUGUUCGGUCACGAAUCGAACGGGUUUCGUAUUAUUAUUUAAUGCAUAUUUUUAUUUUAUUUAAUACCCGUACUUGUAUGCGUCCGGAUAUAGGUACUAGCUGAUUACAAAAUAUUAUAAUUUUAAAAAUUGUUACUAAAACAUUGAACCUAAUAAUUUAUGUAACGUUUUGGACUUCAGUAUCUGUAUUCGAAUAAUAAUAAUAAUAAUUAUUAUUAUUACUUUUAUUAUAAUGUAUAGGUGCGAAACUACGUCCGAAACUCUGAAUCCUAUACGCAUUCCUGGAAUUAUUAACAUUUUAUCACUGAGUAAUAAUAACUAGCAAUAAUGAAUAGUAAUAAUUUUACUUGUAUUAACCCAGAAAUUAACCUAUUCAAUAAACGAUUAUUAUUAUUAUUUAAGUAAGUACAUAUCGCGUGUUGCAAUGAUAGGUCGUAGGCAUUUCACUUUUUCAACAUCUAAUCUCUUCGGUCGAGUAGAGAUACGAACUUUUACGUGGGCGAUGCGGAAAAAAUAUACGAUCCUUUUCUUUGCGGCUGGUGAUCUAAUAAUACCAUUGUAAAUUAUUCUUAAAGAGAUAUUUCCGUUGUUUUUAUCUGGAUUUUUUAUGUUAACUAAAGAAUUUAAGAUUUUCAUUAAUUUAUUGCAUAUUUAAAACAAACGGGAUUUAAACAUUAUUUGUGGCCAAGUAGGUACAUUUAAUGUUUCUUGGAGAUAUUGGAGUUUAUACUAUUGUUUAUAUUUAACUACCAACAAUCCAACAUUCUUGCGAUAUACCAUAUUCGUGUUGACAUAUUUUUUCUACGAGGUUAUUGCAGAGGGACUCUUUAUCCACCGUAUCAUCUCUGUUAUCAACAUUCGUUUUGCAUUUCAUGGUAUUCACAACAUUGUAAUGCACGACUGUAGCGAAAUAAAAAUCUGAUAUCUGAAUUUCGUGACUAUUUUGUAUUGUACCUAUAUUUGUAAGUUAUAACCUAUUCGUACAGUCGUAUGACGUAGAUAUAAUGUAUAGAUUAUACGUGAUAAAUUAUGUACGUACUUAUAAAUUAUAAUAAUAUAUGCUAUAGAAUAAUUGUAUGUAAAUAAUAUGCCUGAAAUAUUUUAUUGAUCUUAUUAAUCAGAAUUUGUAUAUCUAUAGUCAAGUUUAAAAAUUAAAAAAAGAGCUGAUGUGAUAAGAAGGUAGAAUAUAUUAAAAUUUAAUUUAUAUCUUGCACCGUUAAAUUAUUUCUAAUGAAAAACGACUCUUACUUCAUGAUAAUGGCGAAUAUUGAGGGGAGGGGUUCGAUUGGUGGAUCGCCUUCCUUGAGGUUUUCGUCACUCUUAACUAUAUACAGGGUGUUUCACGGAGCUAUAUACGACCGGUGUUACAAUGGGUAUAUCUUCGUUGGACACCUGUAUUAUUUAUCUAUAAUACUCAUAAUACUUAAGAAAUUUUAUCCUAUUAGACCUUUGGUUUUAAAAUUUACCCUUCCCCUUUCAGAACUAAGAUAUAUCCGUCACCAUUUUCUGAUCGAAGAACGUGUUUUUAAUUAUUUUGAACGAUUUUUUCAAGAUUUGAACGUAAAAUGCUUAGGUAUGUAAAAAAACUACUAUUUUACGCAAUAUUUUUUAGUACUAUUUACAUUUUAUAUAAAAUUUAUGGUGAACCUCGUAAAGUGUAAAGUAUAAAGUUAUACGUAUAAGUUGUAAAGUUUUUUUUUAGCCACCUGCAAAAACCUAAAUAAGUAUGUUAAUAUUAUUUAAAAAAAAAUUAAAAGAACAAAAGUUAUUUCAGACGUCAGAUCUUUAUCUUACACUGAAUACAUAAAAAACUAUAAUUUUUGGACAAUAUGUUAAUAAUAAUAGUGUUCAAGUUCAAUUGAUUUGACCGGGUAUAUUCACUAAAAUAAUAUUCUGUCUAUAUCGUACCUGGGUAUAUUAUGUUAAUAUAUUUUAUUAUUAUGCUUGUGAUUGUGACUGUGCGCGAACGCGUGCGUAUACAUGUAUUACAUACGUAUUCAUAAUAACAAUAGCUGCAGAUGUCAAUUAUGUAGGUUCUUAUCUAAAAUUAAAAUACUAUUGUGGAAACCGCCGAAUAUUAACGAUAAAUGUAUAAGGUACCUAUACCCGUGCCUGUGUAUGUACAGAGUGUGUCCUCCGAAGAUGAUUUCAUAUAGGAAAUAAUAAAAAAAAACAAAUUAAAAAGACAUACCCUAUCGCGAUACACUAUGAUACAUGUGUUGUCUCCGUCUUACAAACGUACGACAGCAAAUUUGCAUUCAACAGUGACAACAUUGUGUUAGUUAUAAUAUUAUAGUAAAUUGACCUAUUAUUACAUUUAAAGAUACGAAUAUGCUAUGCUUGUGCUUUUUAUUAUCGAUUAUAUUUCAAUUUUUUAGAAAGAUAUAAAUAGGUAUGUGCAAUAUCAUAAUUUAAUAAUACGUAUGUUCUUAUCUUUGAGUUUGAUAAUAAAUAGGUUAAUUUAUUAAAACUAACGGUACGAUGUUGUCUGAACGCAAAUUAUGUCAUACGUUUGUAAGACGGAGACAACACAUCCGAGUAUUACGCCCUCUUGGUGCAUACAUUAUAUACCUGCAUAUUAACACCAUAGUUAAAAUUAGUAAAUCCUUGUUGGGACAUAAUAUAAUAAUAAUAUAAUUUGUUUUACCAAUUAGAUAAGUAUUGAGUACAAUUGAUAUAAGAUUAUAUAAUCAAUGAUAGUACUCGUAUAAUAAUAAAAAGCAUAAUGGUUAUUAUUACACCUCGUUUGUUUCUCAGUUUUAAUAAAUAUUUAGGAAGUUGUUUUUUCAUUUCAUUGCGUUUAGAUUUGUAUAUUUAAUAUAUCAUAUAAAUAUACAUCACACAUGUAUGAUAAUAUUAUAAGUUAUAAUAGACUUAACAGACAAUGACAUCAUUCACGACUAUUCCAUUGGCCCGUUAAUAAAAAUAACGAAAUUAUGUUAACUACUAUAGUAUAACUACAACUAAUAGUAUAGGUGCGUUUGUUUAGAUUUUAUAACUUGCAAAUAGUUUUAAGAGGAGUUUUGAGGGUAUAUAUAAAAACAAAUUAUUAUAUAUGUCUUGAAUAUAAAUCUUUAUUUUACAAUAAUUUCAUUUUACAUGUUCAAAAAAAAAAAAAAAAAAUAACUGUCAAUUAUUUUGUACAUUUCUAUACUUACUAACAAUUAAUACAAAUCUAAAAAUUUUGAAAAUAUAUUUUGAUACAUCGGAGCAUAAUUCUGGUAGAUUUUUUAUACACACUAUAAAAAAAAAAUAAACAUCAUUGUAAAACCAUUACAUUCCUCGCUGCGCUCAGAAUAUAAAAUUAUCAAAUGUAAAACUACAUAUACCUUGGACGUUAAUAUUAUUGAAUAUUUUUAUAACAUUAUAGUUGACAAAACUCAUGGAACAUAUUUUAUACACUCAGUAAUUAGUACAAAUUAUCGCUAUAUUCUUAACAAUUGGACCCGGUGUUGUGUGUUGGGUCAAGGCGGCAAUUAAUCACGCAACAAUAGGUAUCAGCAUACAUCCGGCUAUGGAGAUUUUCAUGUUCCACGUUAAACAGAAUUUACAUUACAAUACCGAUUGCUCAGUGUUUUAACAUAUACAUAUAUAUAAUGAAAUUUGAUGUGCCCACACUAGAACAUUCAUUGUUUAAAACUUGUCAAGUAGAUAUACACCUAUGUACAAGGCAUCACGUAAUUUCAGUUUGAAUUGCUGCUUGAAAAAUAAUGAUUUUUACAUAAUAAAUAUUUUCCACUCGUUUUCAAAAAUAAACAAAUCAAACUAUAAAUAAAUGAAUUUAUAAAAUAAUAAUUUAUAUUAUGAUGUAUGCCUAUAAAAUAAAUCCCUAUAAUAUUAGUUUCAAAUUUUCUCUAAAAAAAAUCAUUCGUUUUUAUUACAAAUCUAAGUAUUAUUUAUUUAUGUAUGCUAUUAUAAUACUAAGUAUGAAAUAUGAUAUGAAUUAUGAGUAUGACCACUGUACUAGAGUACCUAAUAAAUAGAAGAUUGAGAAUAAGUUUGGCCCCCUUUAGAUAUCAAAAAAAAUCUCGCCAGCAUUCUCACCUAGCUAUUUAUCUAUAUAGGAUGCCAGUUAUAUUCUAUUAAUCUCUACAUUUAUGAUUUUUAAUACUAUUAAAUUGUUAACUUGUGUAACUAUAGGAACAUUAUUACACUAGGCCCCUGAAUACUAACCAAUAGUUGUACACGUUUGCCAGUUUUGGAAAUUUGCGUUCCUAUAGUUUUAACGGUUUAAAUAUUAUUAUUUAUACAAAACCGGAGAAAUACUCUAAAAUAUUAUAACAUCCUCGGGUCCCUUUGAAUUAAACCUUACAAAUCUGUAAUAACCGGUAUGUGUAAUAUAUUAUUAUGACUGGUAUGAUGUAAUCGGUGUCUACAUAGACUCUGAUACUAGUCUAAAUAUCUUCUUUUUUUAAAAAAUUGAAUAAAACAUUUGACAGACAAUUUUAAUUUUUCCAUCUUAAUAAAUAACCGGGUAAAUAACUAAUAGUAAUAUGUAAAAUAUAUUUUAGAGAGGCGCUCGUUCAAAGAAACUGGUCAGUGCUCGUAGUGUAGACAUGUUUUCUCUGCUUGAUAUUGUAAUUUUAUAAGUAUUCUACAUAAUUAUUAUAAUAUGCCGAGUAUUCCGGUUUCAUUACAUUAUAUUAUAUCUUUAUAUAUAAAUUGCAUAUUAAAAAUUAAGUAAAUAAUAACGAGUCAACUGUUUGAAAAGGAAAGCAUUUCAUUCGGUUAUUAAGAAUGUUUUUAAUAAAAAAAAAAAAAAAUGAAUUUCAAACAAAAAUAGAUAAUUAGAUUGGUGUUCUAUGAAAAACUGGAUUUUAUCAUAUCAAUAAUACUAUACGCCAGUCUCUGCUAUGCAUGUAUUUUUGUCGUUCUAGGACAGCAUCGCUUAUUGUAUAUUCUCACGGUAAACAUAGUAUCUAUUUACUGUUUGUCACUACGAGGUUGCAGUGUUCUCUCAUUGUUAAUGUGCUACGGUUUGAUCGUUUAUCAUCCGUUGACGUGCGUUUUUUUCUCCUACCUGAAUUAUUUACCCCGUGCCGUUUCAAUUCGAUACUGAACGUGAUGCCGAUGCGUUAUGCCCAGCAAACAAUGCGAAUCGAGUCACACUAUGAUCUCGAUGGCAUGCAAAGACGAAACUGAGAAGUUUCCCCAAUAUUUGCGUGUACACAAUUUUAUAUCAAUUUAGCGUAGGCAAAUAGUAUUAAUCUUUGUUUUUCCCGUUGUAAACUAUAAUAAUAUUAUAAUAGCGUAUAUACGUUUAUGGGAUCGAAUAAAUAUUAAAUCACACGGUUAUAAAUUGCAAUUUGACGUACGCGUAGGUAUUACAGGCGCAUAUAUGCCAUAAUAAUGUAUCGAGUUUACCCGUAACGUUUGUUUUAUUAUUAUCCAAUGUUUGUUACACAUUGAUAAGUUGUUAAGUUCAAUUUUAUUCGAAAAUUCGUGUAUAGCGUGUGUUAGUUAACUCAUACACUACUAACUGGGUAAGUUCUACAUGGAAUUUUUGGUACAAUUGACUGAAUUAUUUACACACAUUAGUUGCAUGUGUACAGUUGUACACAUAUUAUACUUAAUUUGCAGGCCUCAGCAAAUUACAUCAUUAUCAGUUCACAAUCUAUCCACUCGUCGUAGGUACGCUGCAGCCGCAAUAUUUUACUUUUUUACAACACUACGGGUUGGGUAUAAUGAUAAAGUCGCCUUCCUUAUGAUCAAAUUGUAUGCAUUUAAUUAUUAGUUACAACAAUAUUUAUAGGCACUAAUUAAGUUGUUUUAUUUAGUUUUUUUUUUAAAUUUUUUAUUUACAUAUUUAUAAGUGCAAUAUUUAUCUCUGUUUAUAGUCUAUUUAACGCUAACUCAUAAUUAUAUUGUGCCAUAUGCCUACUGUACGUACGUGCGUACGUUUUUAUUUAAAGAUUUACAUUUUGCAUACAUGUUAUUUUCCGACUAACACAAAAUGGGGGUAUUUUAUUAAUAACGUCGUGCGUGUCUGUGCACUAUAAUGUUCUGUUUAGCUUGUAUUUCUAUGAAGUGCUGAAUUGUAUACUGUGAAUUGAUAUAAGUUAUUAUUAUUCUGUAUUAAAAUAAAAUGUUAAGAUUUGAAGUACACGGUUUAAGUUCAGUUCGAUCUGUGUAUGGCGGUAAUUGGAAAAGCGAGUAUCAAUAGUUAUAAUAAUAAUAUAUUACUAGGUACACGAGUAUUAUGAUGUACGAUAUUUUUUUACAUACGCUAUAUACAGUAAAAUACAUUUGAUCUAUAUUUUUAUUCAAAUAUUAACUAAACGAAAUGCUGUAUUUUCAUAUUGUACGUGAACUGUUUAUCAUUAUUUUUAAACAACGCAGAAAAUGCAUUCGAAUUUGGAGGAAAAACAUAAAACUUCUUUAUAACUGACUUCAAAAAACAAAAUGUAUAAUUAUUCAUUGGGUAUAUAUUUUUAUGUAUGUACGAGUACGCACAUAAUUCCAGCAAAUAUGCAUCAAUUGAGUUUUUUUUUUUUUUUCGUAAGAACACUUUAUAGGUGGUUCGAUGCAUAUUUGACCAAAAUCUGAUUAUUAGAUUUGAAGAUACGUUUAAUAGUAUAUUAUAGGUAAUAAAGCCGAUUGUAAUUUUACACCAAAACGAUAAAUUUAAUUGAUGAGAGGAAGGGAAUAGCCAUAAAAGGUGAUGCUGAUAGUAGCUUAUAGUAUGAUGUAUGCGAUGAGUAUUUCGUGUACAAUUUCAGGGGCAAAAAUUAAUACUAAUGAAAUAUAACCAAUACAAAAAGCUCUCUACCUACAAAAUGAAGACAAUAUUUUUGAAACUUCCUUUAAAACUAAUUUAAGUCUGCGCCAAAUUAACAAUUGAACGUUGUAUACAUAGUAAUGUAUAACGCACUUUUACCGACAUGCUUUUAGUGGCGCCGAAGUCAUUGGAUUUUAAAGAAAUAGUCUUAACAGUAUUGUUUUCAACAAACUAUAGAGUUUUUUGUGCGUUUUAUAUAUUAUAUCCUUUAAAAACCCAUUUUACCUAAUAAAAUAGCAGAAAAUUUAAAAUCUGUAUUAUUUUACAAGUUAAAACGUUAAAAUUAUGUGAUAGAAUAUGCAUUCCAUGAUCGUAAAAUGAAGAAGAUAUAAAACAUAAGCUUCUUUAAGUAUUCAAUAAUUUGGACUAAAAACAUGUUGUUUUACUCAUCAUUUUAUAUGAAUUUGUUUUAUAGCUUACGAGCAAUAAAUCUCAAAAAUCAAAAAAAAAAAAAACCGCAAACGCAAGAUUAUUUCAUAGCCUGUCUGUAUUAUUAGUCAGAUUCCUUGGCAAGCUGCCGCGACGCAAUCCAUUACUGUGGGCAAUGGUUCUCAAUAUUUUACACUGUAAUUAAAUCAAUAACUAUCUAUUGUUUAUAUUUAUUAACUAACUAACCUAAUAUAUUUGUAUUUUAAAAUUGUUAUAAUAUAAUUGUUUAAAUAUAACGCAAUUGUAUUGAUAAUUUCAAAACUUUUGUAAAUUUUCUAAUAGUGAAGAAAUCGCAUUUUGGGAUCAAAUUCUGAUAAUCAAUGACGUAAAUAUUUUGCUGCAUAAAGCGAUAUUUUGUAUUUAUACGCAUGAACGUGAAGGGUUUCAGUCCUUCCAAGUAAAAUAAAAUCUAAUUUUUAACUUCAAAUCUCAUAUUAUUAUGUAAACACACCUCACUGACUGCCAAAUUAUAUCGAUUAUAGAUUUGCCGGUAUCUUUUUAAAUUUAAACGAACGUCGAAUUAACUAGAAAAUAUAAAAUUAAUUUAAUUUGAACUUAUAAUACGAUAAUAUUAAAUAAUGUGUUAUGUUAAAUAUAAUAAUAAUUAGAUCACUUCAUCACUUUUUUUUAUAAAAAAAAAAUAAUAAUUGAUGGUAGGUAAAAAUUUCGGUAGGUUUUCUGGCGAUCAAUUCAUAAAAUAGAUAUGAUCAUAAUAUUAUAUAAUAAUAGAUAUUUUUAUUUAACACUAUUAUACUGUAACUUCACUGCAAGACUAAUGACCACGAUAACUAUAAAUCGUUUAAACAUAAACGACAAAACUAAUUUAAUGCUUUAAUAGAUAGACCCAAAUUAUCAGUCUUGUUAGUCAUUUAAUUUUAUCGUUAAAAAAAAAAAAAUGACGGACAUGCUUGGCACGAUGGGUGGACCACUAUUGUAGGUGAAAAGUGGGGAAGGUACGAUAUAGAGGAGAAUUUAAUGUAUAUCUGCAGCUAUUAAUCAUUUCUAACGAAAAACGUUUCUAAGCGGAAUUCGGUUAUACAUAUUUUGAAAUUAGAUUUUAUCAAUUUGAUCAUAAUUAUCGUCAAAAUAUGAUAUUCAAAUUUAUAUAAAAAAAUUCUCUAUUAGCAUAACAUAUCUGUUUGGUCUAAAAAUUUUAUCCACAGAGUACUUACAAAAAAAAAAAUUAUGUAAAAAACUCGCAAAAUUAAAAUGUUUACGAAUAGCUCAAAAAUGGGUCAAAUGUUUUGAACAUAUUACUAUGUCUAGAAAAGGCAAAUUUAAAUUUUCGUCCAAAUUUCAAAUCUCUACGAAUAUUUUAAACUGAAUUACAACUAAAAAUAAAAUUGAAAUAUUUCGUAAAUAUUAAUAUUUUUAAUACGUUUUUCUCGCUUUUCCCAAUUAUUACGAAAACCGCUUGACAAAUUAAAAAACCACCUUCUUAAAGUACCACUCAGAUAAGGUUUAAUUUUAAAGAAAGUAACACAUUUGAAAAUUAGAUUAAGAUUUUAUGUGAAAAAGUUGUUCACAGAUAAAAGAAAAAAUAAACAUUAUUGUAAAACUAAUACAUUCCUUACUCCACUCAGAUUCUAAAAACAAAUAGUUCAAAGAAUACGAAUUGCGUUAUUUAUUACUUUUAGUGUUUGUAUGUACAUAGUAUAUUAUCUUGAAAGUAAAACCAGUUAUCUUGAAUACCCAUCCGAAUAUCCCAUAUUGGUUUUUAUUUUUUUGACUAAUGGUAAAUAAUCGUGCACGUAGUUAUGUUUAUGGUCGGUUAUUAUAUAGUCAUUAAUAUUUGUCUCAUCGCAACUGUUGAUUUCUCUAUUUUCAGUUUGACUUUUCGAAAUCUUGGUUGACAUAUGGUCUGUUUAUUAACUUCGUGCAAACAUACGUAUGGUAUAGUUCAGCAUUUCUCGUAUAGUAUCUAUAUAAACACAGAUUAGUAUUCGUGUACAUCAUCGGCUGUGCCUUAUAUUGUUCUAGGUUUGGGUCGUGGCACCCAUUUUGCUUUCUCCUUGUCACACAAUACCGUUUGAUGUUUUGCUUUCUCUCACAUAUGACCCAUGGUCAUGCACGGAUAUUAUAAGUUCUUGUAUCCAUGAUUCAUUUGUUUUCUGUUUGCGGACUAGAAAUAAGACUUGGAAGUAAACGAGUAAUAAUAUUAUAUGUUUAAUAUCGGCUCAUCCUACUUGAUAAUAUUUUCGUUAAAUUAUAUAUAAUAUGUAUAUAAUGUACAUGCCUAUUAAAAACACUACAAUUUUAAGAAAAAAAAAAUGUAUUUAAAAUUACACUUAAAUCAUUAUAUAGGUGUAUUAUAAAUUAUAAUCACUUUGAUUUUUAGAUUUUGAGUGGAGCGAAGAAGCUUAUAGUUUUACAAAGAUUUAUUUUAUUUUUCUAUCUGUGUGCAACUUUUCUCCCAGAAGACUUGUUCGAAUUUUUACGUGUAGCACCAUUUCUGAAGGAAAAUGGUGGGGAGGUAUUUUAGCUGGGGAGGUCAUUUUUUGAUUUUUUCAAGAGUUUUCCAGCAUGUGGAAAAUCGAGAUAAAACAUGGAAAAUUGGUACAAUAUUAAACAAAUAUUAUUAAAAAAAAUAUAUAAAAAGCCUAUUUAAUUAUUUUACUAUAAAAUGACAUAUAUAUUGUUGAUCACUUUUUACUGAACUCCGCUCAAAAUUGUUUUUUCGUAAGCAAUGGUUUAUUGUUGUUUACAGGUAUGCAUUAAAUUAUCUAUAACAGUGACUGCAUCCGUCCCCAUUAUCCUAGGAUGUCUUUUUUAAAUCUAGGCUUAUAAUAAUAGUUUAUUAUAGGUACAUUGCAUAUAGAAGGUAUAAUUGUUAUAUAAUUAGGCACACAUAAAUUUAAAAAAAAAAUUACCUAUAUUACCUAUAAUUGGCUAUUAUUAUAUUAAUAUAUGAUUUUAUGUUAUUUUCCAUUUAAAUACACUUCUACGUCAUAUUUAUUAUUAUUUGCUUUCUGUUAAUUAUCUGAAUGUGCCCGUAUUAUUUAUUUUAAUUAUUACUAUGACUUCAAAAUAUAUUACCCAUAUCCUUUCUACUUUAACUACGGGCAGACAUUUGUAUUUUCUUUAGAAGUCAUACUGCUCUUGGCUCGUUUUGUUUAAACAAUUAAAGUACCUACAAUGGACAUUUUCAAUAUCUAUGUUGCAAUAUCAAGUUUUUUAUUUUAAAGUUUAAACCAACAUUUGUUUUUUUAAUUAUUUAAAUGAAAUCGUUUGUGUUUUGUUAAUGAUUAUGUAGACAAUUUUCAUUGGAUUUUCAUCAAGUAUAGGUAUUUUUUGAUUACUCGAACUUAAUUACUCAAAUACUUACCUAAUAAUAACAAUAAACCUGACUCAACCAAAUAUACUCGGGUACUUUACAAAAAAAAAUUAUCUAAAUUUAAUAAUCUAACGUUUUGGUUUUAUCAGCAUAUUGAAUUGAAUUUUUGCUGAUUAAAAACCAUUUUUAUUAUAUUCCUACUCCUAUAUUACAACAAAUCCGGUAUAUGAUAAAAUUUCGGUAAUGUGGCUCGGUUAUAAAUUAACAUACAUGAUGUGUACAAUUAUUCGAAAAUGAUAAGAACAGCUAAUAAAAAAAAUGAAAUGCUUCUCACGUGGAUGAGCUACUGUUUUAGAUAAAAAGUUGGGAAGGCAGAGGAGAAAUUGAAUGUAUAUCUGUAUGCAACUAUUAACCAUUACUAACGAAAAACGAUUCUGAGCAGAGUUCAGUGAAUAUUGUCUUUUUGUUAACAAUAUAUAUUAUAUAAUAAUAAUAAAUAAUUAUAAAUAUGUCACAUUAUUGUAAAAUAUUACAUAAUAUGCAUUACAUAUUUUCUUUAUCAAUAUUUGUUUAAUAUUGUAUCUAUUUUCCCACUUUUAUUAUGUUUUUCCCAUUUAUUGGGAAAUCUGCUGAGAAAAUCAAAAAAUUACCUUUUUUAAGUACCAUUCCAGGAAAAUUGCCUUUCAGAAAAGGUGCUAUAUUUAAUACUUCGGAACAAUAUUUCUGGUAGAAUUUUUCUACACAGCAUAAAAAAAUAAAAAGUAAUAAAUAUCUUUUUAAAACCAAUAAAUUCUUCGCUACACUCAGGAUCUAAAACGAACAGCAACGUUCUGAGUGUAUAAUUUCUAUACCUAUAUUUAAAUUUAUAAUAUUUUAUAAUAAAUAUUACUGUAUUUUAAUGUAAAAAUAUAUGUAAUAGUAUUUUUUUUAUUUUUUUUUAUCAACCUUUAGGUUGAUAUACAACUUAAAUUCUCCAUUCCAAUCGGUUGUUCGCAUUUUCUUUUCGCUUUUUCAAUUCCUUAAAAGUUUUGACUCAUGCAUCUCUUUUAAAUUGCUCUAUGUAUAAACAUUUCGGGGACGUCUUGCAAUUUUCUUUCCUUCUAAUAUACCUACUAUAAUUAUUUUAUGCAGCUCUUCUUCAAAGUGUCUCACAGCAUGCCCAACAAUUUUCCAACACCUUGUAAUGAUCACAUCCAUAAAUAUUUGUUUUUUUUUUACUAUUCUAAGUCUUCUUUGUUCGUUUUCCCUUCUGUCCAACUUAAUCGCUUCCAUACACUUCCAAUACUACAUCUUAAAAUAGUAGUGUUAAUAUUCAAAUGUAACAAAUUUAAAUAUAGUUAUAGAAAUUACGCUUUCGAACCGUUAUCAUUUUCGGACGACUGCUCCAUACCCUAUAAAGUGAUAUUUCGUCGUUUUUGUUGGGAAAACUGAACUUCUUUCUACAGUAUCACUGAUCGCUACUAUCGUAUAAUGUUAUAAAUAUUAGGUAUAUUUUAGCAUUGAAUUUGUAUAAUAUCGCACAUGAUAUUAUUAUUUAUUAUUGUAAAAAAAAAAAAAAAAUGGCCCUGCGGUUGUUCACGACACACCAAAAACGUUGCACAACAUAAUAAUUAUAUUACUCUUAUCUCCGUAAAUAUUUAGUGAGUAAAUUCCUGCGGAAAUGUAUGUAGGUAGGUAUGUAUAAUAAUAUUAUUAUUGUGUCGUGUUAUGAAUUUCAUGCGUACAAUACUCGCACUGUAGGUAUAGGUAUAUUAUUAUAGGCUCGUAAUAUUAUUAUUACAACCGGUUUGAAGGAAGAAAAAAACCCGUUCACGAUGUGUAUGGAAAUAUUGUGAAAGUAGUCGGUCGCCUUGUAACGAACUUUACGAUAUUGUUUUAUUAAAAGAAAAAAAACUGUCGCUUUCAUUCGAAUGUGUUCAACGAUAAUAUUACCUUUCAUAGGUCAUGACCCCCCCCCCCCUUCCCCCACUGGGUACACAGACAAACACACAACUAGGUACCUAUAUAAUAUAGCGAUAGGUUUUUAGAGCUAUAAAAACUUAUUAUUUUUCCUAUAAUAUUAUAGAAAUAUACUGCACGGUUAACCGGUGGCUAUUAUUAUAGUAAACCCGCCUCUUUUUGGUGGAUUAUGUAAAAAAAAUAUAAUAAUCCGUUACCGACCGCGACGUCUAGAACAAAAUUUAAUAUAGUAUUAAUAUUGAAUUAUUAUACUAACUAUAGAGGAAAUAUUUUUUAUUAUUAUUUUCUUUUUUUUUAACGAUUUACGCGAAUACCGUAACCGGAAAAAAAUUCGGAGAGUAGGGGCAUUAAUAAUAUAUAACCUAUUACUUUUUUUAAGCAAUAAAGUAUACCUAUAAAUAACCAAAAAUCUAUGAGCACAUGCCACUAGAACCUACCCCUGAAUUGUACUGCACUGCGGAUAACAAUAUACCCCAAACGUACAUCAUUAUUCCUCGAAAAUAAUAAUCAAAUGUUACCGUCAAACUAUAUCGCAAUAAACUAUAUAUUUACUUAUUAUAGUUAUUAUAGUUUGCACCUAUUAUACUAGGGCAUUUUUUAUUGACUAUUCUCCAUACCCCCGUCACUUUAAAGUUCCACAAGCAUAUAAACGAAACCAUUAACUUUUGACUUUCCUUUGUUACCAUUCCCACUACCAGUGAGAGAUUUCCCACAUAAAAUAUAUAAUAUUUUGUUAAAAAAAAUGUACUAUUUAUUUUCUAGUGGAUACCCAGAAGUAAAAUAUUACUCUACGGGAUGUGCAAUCUGGACACUAAAACUUCGCUAAAAAUAUUAUUUGACCUAUAAGCCGUAAAAUAAAAUAAGAGGCCAUAAUAUUUGAUGGACAUUUUGUUUAUUGUUCGCUAAAGGUUGUCUUCCUUAUAUUCUAUAAUUGGAUAACCCAGGAAAAUUAUGAUAGUGUUAUUGUUAUUAGAUUUGUAUCCUAUUUAGACGCAUUAAAAAAAAAAAAAAAAAAUUAAUGAUAAUGUUUUCUACAAAUUGACGUAACAUAAUUUAAGAUCUUGUGUACUUGUGCGUGUUCGUAUAUACUGCAGUGGUUAUGCAGUGGUUAUACCUAACCACUCGAAGCAGGUGCAGCACAAUAUUUGUACUUAUCAAAUAUUGCACAGUCUGCACUACGUGUUUUGGUUCGGCAUUAAAAUUGUGUGUACAAAACGAAAACUGCAUUUACACAUUUCAUUCGAUUUUUUAAAUUUAUACACAUUCAAAGUAUUUAAAUACUGUUAUACCUAUUAUAUAUAUAAAACCUAUAUAAAAAAAAAUUGAAAUCGUGUUAUUGCCGUAUACUUUCCCGUUUUUUCCCCAAUUAUUAUGAAAUCUACAAGGAAAUCAAAAAAAUUAUCUUCCAUAUUUACCAUCUAUUACAUAAAAUAUAAUUAUCUAUUCAUUCGAUCCGAUUUAAAUAACAUUUAUUAUUAUCUUUUUACAUCAUAGGUAUUCAAAUUGAAUAAUAUAGUAAUAAUAUUAUACAAUACUAAUGUUUCAUCCUAAUCGACCAAUUUACCUGUAUAAUAAAUAUAUGUGUAUAAUAUCGUUGAACUUUGUAAAUUUCACUUCUGUAAAAUUACUGUUUUAUUAUUUGGUCAUAUAAAAUAAUAGUGCAUAUAUUAUAUGUGAUAUUUUUAACUCUUGAAUAUUUUUAUCAGAAUUACGUAUGUAGACGUUUUAUACAUUAUUUUGACCUUUUUCUAAUUUAAUAAUCAAUUACCUAUACGUACAUGUUUUGUAGAUUGUAAUCUUCCAUCAUAUUAUAUUUAUUAUACUCGCAUAAUUCUUGCGGGUUGUGACUCAUAGGUGUAUUGAGAAUACAAUAUGUUUAAUGUAAAAUAACUUGAGUCAUAAUAUUGUUUGUCUUAAAAUCUAUUCGAUUAUAUUAUUUUAUUACUAUGCACAUUGUACAGUAUUAUAAAUACAUAUUAAACAUAAUAUACUUACACACGGAGGGUAAAUAUAAUUAUGGUUUUAUACAAUAGUAUACACCAUUAUCCUUCUGUGAAAAAAUAAAUAAUAAUAAUUUAUUUAAUUAUAGGUGCAAAUUUUUUUCAUUAUUAAUAUAAAAUUAUAAAUGGUUAACAUUAUAAAUUAUUUUUUUGUGUGUGUAUCUGUAAGCUUUUCUACCAAAAAUCUUGCUCUAAUCAAAAAACGAUGAAAGAUCUUUUUUUAUUUUAUUUUUGAUCUUGUUGGUGCAUAGGAGAGGCCAUUUUUUGUUUUUCCUUAUAGGUAGUUUUAGUUUUUCCAUUAAACUUUGCAUAUAAUAAUAUAAAUUUACGUAUGGCUUAAAUUACUGAUGAUAUACAUACAAAAUUAUUGUAAUCGCAUAUAAGCAUGUAUAGACACAAAGUUGAAGGUUAAGUUAGGCAUAAUAUACAUAUUAUAUUUAAUUUAAUAAAAAAUGAGUCAAAAAACAACUAUAAACUUUUAAAAUUAAUAAAAUAUAUAAUUUUUUUUUUCAUUUAUAUUCAGGCAUCAACAAUUGAUGGACGCCGAAAGGGAGCAUGUCUAUUUUGCCAAGAAUACUUCAUGGAUCUAUAUCUACUCGCCGAGCUUAAAACCAUCAGUCUUAAAGUUACCACAGUAGACAUGCAAAAACCCCCACCAGAUUUCAGGUAAUUUAUUGUUGGUAAUAUAAAUAUGAAUUUAUUAUGGUUUCCAAAUACCUAAUUAUUUUCUUAAGUUGGAUGAUUAAUCAAAUUGUACAUAAAUUAUGUGUAUGGGCACAGUACUGCGAUUACAAAUGUACACCAGAUAUUGAUGAUUAUUAUAAUAUAUGUGUAUUUCAUUAUAGAUAAUUGAAAAUAAUUAACGUUUUUUUGAAUUCGAGAUGAUAAUAUCUCUUCGCAAAGUAUAAUAUUUCAUUAUAUGAAUAAUGAAUAUUGUUACGAAUCAUCAAUUGCCACAGGAAUUAUACAACUUAAUUUUUAAUAAAUAUAAUUAUUUAAUUUAAACUUUUAUUUCGAAUCGAUUAUUACGAAUUCUUGUUAUUGUGUUAAUAUUAUAAUCAGAAUUUGUUUUUACUUUAUAAUAUAUUUUAUAUAUUGGACGAAAACAGCGGAAUAUGGCAUAGAUAAAAACAGAUAAAGCUCACCAUUAAUUUUUUUAAUUUGAAAAAUAAUUUAAUUUAAAAAAUAUAAUUAUUAAUAUAUUGUAUUCUAAUAUUUCACUAUAAUAGUUGUCUAUUUGUUCUGUUUAUUUCUAAUUGUAUACUAUUAAAAUAAUGUAUAAUUUCAUAUAAUUAUAAAAGUAACGCAGCAGAAUAUUAUAUUUCGUGACCUAGCUGCGUUGUUCAAAUUAUUAUAAUGAUCAAAUUUUUUACAUGAUUAUAGAUGUAUAAUCCAUUUAAAACUAAGUUGUUUAAAAAUAUACUUACUCCAGUGGUAUGCUCAGGAUUUAUCAUUGGAGUUUGUGUGUGUGUGGCUAACUAAAAAAACCGAAAAAAUAAUAAUAUAAUUAUGUAGUGCAAUUUGUACUUGGUUGAAAUUAGUCAAUGGUUAUUAUUUUAUUAGUAAUUAGCUGAAAUACCCUGUAUUUCCCGGGCUCUCCUUUAUCCUUAUCACAGUGAAUAUAGUAAUAAUAUCGGUAAUUUAUCUAUUAAAAAGAAUGCUCCCAUGUUCGGGAUAAUCAAAUUACAUGAUAAUAACUGUUUGUUUUUUUCAUACGUGUCACCAAAGUAACCCAAAAGGCAUAAAUUAACAAAAAAAGGUCCGUUUGCGUUUCAAAAAUACCAAACAUUCUGUGUCAACCACUCUUUGGGGGUUCAUUUUCAAGAUAAAAAGUAUAAACAGUGACCUUUCUCUUGUUUUGAGUGUCAAGUGUGUAUAAUUUCGUCUAGAUCGCAAUAAAAUUGUAAUUUUGUAAAAAAAAAGUCAAUAUAAACUAAACUUGAUUUUAUAAAUAAAUAGAUCAUUUUUAAAUUCUCAAUAGUUUGUACUUAUAAUACCGGCUAAUGGGAGGAUGAAGCAACCUUAGAUGCCUCCUUUCCCCUCACGGGUACGCCACAGACUUAAAUUAUAUUUACUUAAAAGUUAAAAAAAAAAUAAAAAAAAUAUGUAUUGCAGUAUUGACAUUUUGUAUAACAGAUGUUACGAUUAAUAAUAAUACCAUCUUCUAACCACAAAACGAAAAAUGUGUACAUUAAUAGCAGUUUAUCUUAUUGUUUAUUCUUUGAAAUUAUUGCUAUAUUGCGAUAAAGAAAAAAAAUUAUAUCCAUUGUUCUCUUCUAUAACAAAACAUUUGUGUAACCUAUUUUAAACUAUAAUCAAACUAUAAUGUUUAAUUAAUACGUACCUAUAGGUAACUCAUUACUCACAGAUAAUACUCGGAAAUACGACUAUUGUCUUCGAAUAUAAAUUGAUAGUAUUUUAUUUUAUUUUUUCAGUUAUGCCUACAUACUUUUCUAUGGUCAUUAAAAAAAAUGUGAAGUUUUUUCGAAGCUCACAAAUAUAUGAAACAGGGGAAAAUGUAAAGUUCUAAUAAAAUGUAACCAAAAUUAUUUUAACAGUUUUUAAUGGAACUGCAGAAUAGACACUGAUAAAUACUUGUUGGUAAACAAUAAGGUUAUAGGUUAGGUUAUAGUUAAUAAUUAUAACUGGAGGAUCAUAAAUUGAUUCUCCACUGCUGUCGGUUAAGAUUAUAAUAAUUGUCAAAAAACUCAAAAAUCACCAUAAUGUUUUUAAGAUUUUACCACGCCUAGAAAGAGCUGAUGUAUAAGAAUUUUGAGACAAUUUCAGGUAUCUAUCAAAUUUUAAGUUUUUAAUCGAAUUACAACAAAUAAACAAAAGCGAAACCGUUAUUGUGUAAAUUAUUUCGUUUAUUCCUCCAAUUAUUAAAACAAUUUCUAGAAAAUGUCCUCAAUGCAUUAACUAAACAAAAUUUUCUUGGAGAUCGGAUUACGAUUUUUCGUGGAAAAGUAACAACAUAACAUUCAGAAAAAAUGUAAUGAAUUUUGACAGUUACACGUCCGAAAAUUUAAAUAUUGUGUAAGCAGUCAGUAUUCGGAUGACAGACUUCUGCGGCGGUAGAUGCGAUGGUCAUCGGGUAGUUAAUGGCCGUUGAGUUUUCGUGUACUCAUAUUCUGAACCAAUUUUCAAGUUUUGUAGAAAAUUUCGCCGACUAUCGCGUCGAAUUCAAUUUAAUCACCGACCUUUUUUUAUCAAUUUCAAUUUUCGAAGCAUACGUAGCCUUUUUUUACUGUUUAACCACCGAUUACUGAAAUAAUGAACCGGAAAGUCAUAAGUAUAGUCAGCCAUAGAUGGCGUUUGGAUGCCAGAGUUUUUAAAUUAUGUUCUAAAGAUUUCCUUAAACCAAAUUCGCCUGAUAACGCAUUUAAAUAUUAACGUUUUUUUAUUCCAUAUUUUUCAGGAGUAAUUUCGAUGCAAAUCCUCCGCCGAUUUUAAUAGACAACGGAAUGGCCGUUUUGGAAAAUGAAAAAAUCGAAAGACAUAUUAUGAAGAACGUGCCUGGUGGAUAUAAUCUAUUCGUGCAAGAUAAAGAAGUGGCCACUCUGAUUGAAAACUUGUACAGUGUACGUAUAUAACUAUAACUAUAGUCAGCCCUAAAUGUCAUUUUAUUAUUAUAGCUUAGUAAAAAAAAAAAAAAAAAUGUUAAAGCCGUCGCGACCGAUUCACUUUCCAUUUCGUUACGUUUUAUUAUAAUACGCAUUCUGCAGAAGCAGAGCUUAUAGAAAUGACUCGUGCGAUGUAAAAAAUAAAAAAAAUAAUUUUAAAUUGUAGUUUGUUGGGUUUCUUUGCUGCGAUAGGUUAGGUUAUCGCGUGUAUCGCUGAAUCGCAGCAAUACCAAAUGGAUAUAGGAAUUUUACUUCUAUACAUCCAUAAUAAUCUACAGUUUUUUUCAAUAUAACUAUAAAUUGUUGAAAAUUAUUGUAUACCAUGCGUGCACAUAUCUUACAAAUUAUAAUAUAAUUCCCGCGAUAAGAUUUUAAUUUAAUAUUUUUUCAUAUGCGGUCGUAACGCCGUUUGACUGUUGUUAUAUUCACGCACUCAAACGGCUAUGUUUGAAACAAGUACAAAAAACUCCUACGGACGUUUUUACAAGAGAUAUUGUGCUAAAAGAUUCGAAAAAACGAUUGGGAUUCGUUUUAAAGCUUAAGUUAAUGUUCGCGUUAUGGAGUUUAAAAUAGAUGUCGCGUGCUAUUGUUCAGUUUAAUAUUAUAAUAAUAUAAUAUAUUGUGUUGAUUUGUGAUAUUUAUAUAAUAAAUUUAAAACUUAACUAACGAUGUACAGCCGUGAGAAGUAACACGCACACUACUACGCCUACACAUGUUUCGAAAUUUUUCCUCUCCCCCCCCUCUCGGGUUGGCUUUGAAACCAAUAAUUUAUUGCAAAGUGUCUGUAUCUAUACUGUAUGUACAGAACGAUUAUGUCAUCGAUGAUCCACGAGCCAUCUCGAAGGAUUUUAAGUCAAUUUGAACCAGAAUGAUUUUUUUACGAUUAUUAUGGAAUCGUUUUAAGCUUAUUAUUAUAACGCUAUUUUCAAAUGUUUACCUCAACUUCCUUUAUAUCUUACACGAACACAUAAAGAGUAUUCAUAUAUAAAUUGAUAUACAGUUUAUUACCCUUACUCACUUUUUAAAUCUAAAUGUACUAGAUUUGUAGAACUCAUAAACAGUUUAUUUUAUAAUAUGCCUAUUUAUAUCAAACAGUUUAGAAUAGUAUACUCUAUUCGAAUCUGUGUUUAAAAUGGUAGUUUUCAUUUUUCAAUCCAAAGUGUAUACACAUUAAAGGUAUAAAAAAGGGGGACACAUUUUAAAAUUAAGCUUUAACGAUUAGAAGAAAAGUAACACUCAAAUUCGCUUAAAAUCCUUUGAGAUAAUCGCUGAAUCGUGAUGAAACGAUUACCAUGUUUUAUUAUAAUAUUAUUAAAUUUUCAAUGUUUAUAGCUUGAAAUAUUGUCAUUUUAGAUUCUGAACGGAUCGAAGAAUGUGUUAUAAUAAUUUUUAUUUUAUUUUUUCUGUGAACAACUUUUCUAUCAGAAUCUUUGCUCCGAUUUUCAAGUCUGUCACUUUUUCUGAAAGGAAACUGGACUGGGGUGAUGGUAUUUUCAUAAUAAAUGGAAAAAAAACGAGAAAAUUUACGGAAUGUAUUAUUUUCAAAUCGUAAAUAUUACGGCCUUUCAAAACAUGUACAACUGAACACUCAGAUUUGUUUUUUGCUAGCAAUGUUUAAUCCUUGCGUACAGAUAUACAUUAAAUUUCCCCUCUACCUUCCCAACUUCUCAUCUACAAAAGUAGCUCACUCAUCGUACGAAGUAUAUCAGUUUGUUUUGUUUUGUUUUUUUAAUAUAAAUCGAUAUAUUUUAUACGUAAACAGCUAUUAUACAUCCGAUACCUAUGCCUACUUAUGUGAGUUUCCGCAAUGGGUAUUUUCGCAAAGAUUACUGUAUUUGAUUAUAUUAUAAUAAUAAUUACAACAAAAAAAAAAACAAUAAAUUAUGUUUUGCAUUUUCCCUUUUCGUUUAAAUAGUUUACAUGAAAAAAAACUUCGUUGGCGUGUGCGGUUUGCGCAAGUGCAGUUCCUUAUACGGAAUAAGCAAUCAAUGUUGUUCUAUACUAUGAUUAUGUCUUUCAGCGAAUUUUACUGUCAAUAAAAGUUCUUAUCACAUCUAUUUUUUUCUUUCUCAGUUGUCUAUCGUUGGUUUAUGGUUAUAGAAACACUAUUUCCCCAUAACCUGUUGUGAAGAUUGUUUCACGGGUACUGUUUGAACAAUGCGUCAAUUAUCUAGAAUGCUUGUACAACUUACUUAAACGUCUACUACAGCCCUCGAUUUGUUUCGAAACGACAUUCAUUUUAGAUUAUUCAUUCCUCCGUUCGUUCUGACACACGUACCUACACGUAUACCUGUACAGUACAUAUAGAGAGAGCUAUGAUGUUUAAAAAAUGACGUUCGACCUAUUUAAUAUCUUUAUGUUAUUUCAACUUGUUCAAAUAACUUCUCCCCAUUAUGGGCCUCAUUAUACAAUUAAAUUUUUACAUAUUAUUAAACGCAAUUUUUUUUCAGUACCUACAUAAUGUCACUAUGUAUACACGGUUUUGUAAUAUAAAUUUUGUCAAUUUCUGAUAAAUGAUAUUAAUGUUGUCAUACGCAACGUAUGGUCGUUUUUUAUUAAAUUAUCAAACUCGAUAAUAUCAACACUGUACUGCACUUCGUCUAUACAUUAAAAUAUAAUAUUGUGUUAAAAAUUUAACAGCAUUAUUAUUGUAAAAUUGUCAAUGUUUUAAUUGACUCGUCAUCGUUUUAAUGUUAACCAAUUACACGAUAUUAUGAAAAAAAAAAAAACCAAGGUUUACCGUGUCCGUAUAAUAUAAAUAUUUUAAAAUUAUAGAAUUUUUCUUUUUUCUUUGAAAUUAUCAUUAUGUUAUUUAAAAAAAAAUGCAAUACGUGUUUAAUUUUAAAACAUUGUAUUAAACCUAUUUCACGGCCUAAGUAAUUUUUUUUUUUAAUUCGGGCGAAUAAAGUCGAAUAUUUCUCCACAUUUUUCAUUAUUUUGUAAUUAUAUUUAUGUAUGUAUAUAAAUAUAAAAAAAAAAAAACAAUCAUAGGCAUUAUUUGACAUAAAUAUUUCAUUGGGCAUUUUCAACGACUAUCCGAUUUCUUUAUUUUGCAAACUCGUGUAAUUAUUGUAAAACUCAAAAUUGUAAUCACCAGCAGUUAUUAAAAUAAGUAUAAAUUUCAGUUUGAAUAGAGUUUAUUAAAAUGAAAUAUGAAUAACUUCUAUUAAUCGAAUUUAUGAAUCAAUUUAAUAGCCGUCAUAAUUAAAUUGUUUAAUAUUCUGAGGUCUAAUUUAUAUGCUGAACAUAAAUACUAAAACAUGUGGGCCCUUUGUCAAAUGAGUAAAAUGCAAAAAACUAAAAACUAAUGUUAAUAUAGUAAUUUGUUUUAAAUAAACAUAAAAAGCAUUUUAGUGACAAAUUAAAACAAAUAAUAUUUAUUACAAACUACAUAUGUUGAUACUCAUGGUUAUUAGAAAACAAAUUUCAAGUUAGGUAUCUAAAACAGGUAGAAUACUGCCAGUAAAUGAAAAAAUAAUUGUUAUUAUGUGUAACAGAUUGAAUUUAAAAUCAGAAAAUAAUAAUCUAAUAAUUGAAAUAAAACAAAAUGACCAUACGUAGAUAUAUGUUUGUUAAUCAUUUUAUCCAUGUAUUGAGUUAUUGAUAAAUAUAAUAUUAUAAUAUUGUCGGGCUACCCAGUAAAACUUCUCGAAAGUAAAUGUCAACAAAUUUUAUAAAACUGUGGCAAGAAAACUGCAUGAAAAAUCAAGACAGUUCCUAUACAAUUUUUUAUUAAAGCGAAAUUAAUAGUAGAAAAGUUGUUACAAAUACAACAAAUCAAAAUUAAACCGAAUUAUGUACGUGGUUUUGCUGGGUACCCGACGAUAUUUAAUAAUCAAUAAGUAUUCGAUAGUAUACAAUAUAAUAGUUUUGUAAUAUAGGUUUCUGAAAUGUCCAACUAACUUGAAACUAACAGGCGCCAUUUUUAAAAUCUAUAUUUAUUUUUUUAUUAUUGUUUUCGCGUGUACAAUAAGAAUGAAAAAAGUUCGGUUUUACGCAUCGCUUAUCUUUUUUUAAAAAAAACGCUACGAAUUUAAUAUUUUCAAAAAAUAUUAAAUACAUUUAUUUAAAAUGUGUUUUUUUUAAUGCUUAACUCAUUGGUAAAAUCAAAAUCUCCUAUCUUAUACUUAAAUUUAAAGGUUUUGCCGGCUUCUCUCGAUAUGGCUAGAUGACACUUUUCACUCGUUGUGCAAUAUAGACCAUAGCCACCUCUAUUCGCGAGUGAAUGUUAAAAUCAGAUAUAUGUAACGCAUUCAAAUUAAUUGUCAGAUAGAUCGUCCGACUUUGUCUACAUUCUUAUUGUCCAAUCGGAAACACACAUUUAAAAAAAUGUUGCUAAAUAAGAAUCAUGCCCAAAUGUUUUUCUAGUUAAAUUUAUGAGAAACAAAACAUUUUUCUUUUAGCCUAUUCAAAACAAAAUAAAAUUUCCAGAGUCCUUUGCAGUUUUUCUGCGAAGAGUCUGGGCUUUAUAAUAACUUAAUUACCUAUGUCAAAAAUAUUGAUCAUUGAUCAUUAACCAUCAUUGUAUUAAUAUUCUAUUAAUACAGAGAAUUUAUUUCAAAAUAUAAAUGUAAAAUUAAUGUUAGUGAGUAAUUAAAUAAAUAAAUUAUAUAUUAAUAUUAAUUAAUUAUUUAAAAAAAAAAAAAAAAACGAACUUUUAUUGUUAGAGUCACACGCCACACACACAUAGUAACGUUUUCAACGCAAUAUAAACAUAAAUAAAAAUAUAUAAAAUAAAUAAUAAUCGAUUUGUGUAUCGUAUGACAGUCGUGAGUCGUGGUGACAUAGACGUUUCCUAUUCAUAUCAAAUAAUAUAAAUGAUUAGAUGAAUAGGUAUUACUUCGUAAUCGUAAUUAUUACAAGUGUAAAAGUGUAAACAGUAGGUAGGUGCCGAUGUUAAUUAAUAAGUAGCAUACGGUAUCCGCGGCGAAAUACGGUGUACAUUAUGAUGGCAAUUGAUAAAUUGACCAUCCAUUCAAUAAAUCAAUGUUUUUCGAUAAUAAUAUUCGGCGUUUCGGCGCUGCGCUGCGCGUCGCGUUUGGUCCGCCGCAGUUUUCGGUAAUUCCAAAAAAGAUGCGGUUGAAAAGGUGCCCGUUUAAUGUAAUUUAUCGCCAUGUGUAGCGACGCGACCCUUUUGCGUCAUUUUGUUUGAUAGGUUUUUUUUAAUGUCCUGGCAAUAUGUUUUUGAUUGCCAUUUCCUCGGUUAAUUCGUUUCUAGUGCCUUCGAGUGCACUCGGUUUAAUGCGGAAAGAGACUCUCGUAAGCAUCAGCCGAAGAGAAAAUUGUUAACAACGAAACCCUCAACAUUUUCGCCAGAAUAAUAAAUAAAACGCCGAUUAUUAAUACACAAUCGAAAAUUUAGUUUUGUCAAUAUGUGUUAGCUAAAAAUCUAGAAAACUUUUUUGCCACUUACCUAUUUACAUUGUAAUGUAUAUAAUAAUAUAAUAUAAUGAUGCUUAGUAAUUUCCGAACAGUCUCUUUUAAAAAUAAAAUAGGCGUACCUAAUGGGUGGUAACAAAUAAUUUAAUAUUAACUAUCGUUUAGUGUUCGAUUAACGGAACCGAAACCAAAACCGAAAAAAUCAUAAUGGUUCCAAGCCCUGCUUACUACCUUACCUAUACCUACUAUAAUAAUCAUACAAAACUAUUGAAAUUUACAGAAACUGAAGCUUAUGCUUUUAAAGAAAGACGACGUGAGCAUAAAUAGUCUAUUGUCUCACUUGCGCAAAAUAAAUUCACAUUUGGAAAAGAAAGACACUAGAUUUUUGACAGGUGACACAAUGUGCUGUUUUGAUUGUGAGCUGAUGCCCCGUCUACAACAUAUCAGAGUAGCUGGUAAGUUGAUAUUACACGUAAUAUAAAAUGUAUAAAUUAAAAAAAUUAUUUAUAUGUUGUCGUGUAUUAAUAAAUUUAUCGUAUAUAUUACCUGUUCAGGUAAGUACUUUAUGGACUUCCAAAUCCCGACAGACCUGAGGUACUUGUGGCGUUACAUGUUACAUAUGUACCAACUGGACGCAUUUACCCAAAGCUGCCCGGCUGAUCAAGACAUCGUCAACCAUUAUAAACAACAACAGGUCUGUAACGAUAUGCGACCAGGCUGACGUCCUAGUCCUAUAUAGUGGGUGUAGAAUAAAAUCUAUUCGAAAUGUCUAUGAACAUUAUUUUAUAAAAAGUGUACGUAAUAUGUAUCUGGACGGAAAAAUUGCCCGAUAAAAAUGUGUAUACUGUGCAAGAGAUUUAUUUUGUUUUUGAAAAGUUCUGAAUUCGAACAAUUAGUUUUGUUCUUUGGCUAUAAUUUCCAUGGACAUUUCGUUAUCAGACGUUUUGUAUUUGCUUUCUUGUUAAACUGGUUCACAAAUCGUGGACAUAUUGUAUUUUAUGGAAACAUAGUGGACUGGGACUACGCUUAUACCGGUCGCCUUGUAGAUGCCACUUGUUCAAAUUAUAUGAUUUUUGCUAGAACCUCAUGUUACAGAAUGUCAAGAUGAAGAAACACGAGGAACUUGAGACCCCAACUUUUACUACAUCUAUACCGAUGGAACUUGACAUACAAGAUGAGUAAACACACACUAUUUCUUCCCUUUUUCGUUUUUUUGUAAAAAUUUAAAAAAAGAAAAUAGGAAAACAUUUCAAAGUUCAAUGUUUUCCAUAUUUUUAUAUCAAUAUUUAAUUUCUUCCUUUAAUUUGAUUUUUUUUUUUUAAUCUACUUAUAUGUACGCUUCUUGUUAAUUUAUUCAUAAUAUAUUUUGUAAUAUACUAUUUUUAUUAGUAUUAAAACUAAACUGAGUUAUACAUUAUUGUCAUUGUAUUAACCAACUAUAUAAUAUUAUUGUCACGUUUAUACAUACAUAUGUAUAUUUUCAUAUGCUAAAAAAAAUAUGUUUAUCUAGUGCCUUGAUUUUUUU